GUUUGUUCUGCCUGACAUCCAGACUUUGUAGUCGAACUCAGAGAAGCAAUGUCGCCCUGCAGUUUCUGUUGACGUGGUAACGGUGACUGUUAUCAGGUUGGGUGGAAAUCUCCAGUGACUCAUGAGCAGAAGUUAGCAAAAUAGUGCUAUUAAAAGCGAGAAGUCAUGCUGGACUUUGCCAUCUUUGCUGUCACGUUUGUCGUCAUUUUGGUCGGUGCUGUUCUCUAUUUGUACCCGUCAUCCAGAAGGGCCUCUGGCAUCCCAGGUCUCAAUCCUACAGAUGAGAAGGAUGGGAACCUGCAGGACAUUGUGAACAGAGGCAGUCUGCAUGAGUUCCUCGUCAGUCUGCAUCAGGAGUUCGGGUCUGUGGCGUCGUUCUGGUUUGGCGGUCAGCCGGUGGUUAGCCUGGGCUCUGUGCGCCAGUUACAGCAACACAUCAACCCCAACCACACCACUGACUCCUUUGAGACGAUGCUUAAGUCGUUGCUAGGUUACCAGUCAGGAAUGGGAGGCGGGGCCACAGAGACCGUGAUAAGGAAAAAGGUGUACGAGAGUGCCAUCAACAACACACUGAAGAACAACUUCCCUCUUGUGCUCAAGCUGGUGGAGGAGCUGGUGGGAAAGUGGAAGUCAUUCCCAGAGGCUCAGCAUACCCCUCUGUGUGCCCACCUGCUGGGUCUGGCCAUGAAGACUGUCACCCAGCUGGCUCUGGGCGAGCGCUACAGAGACGACACUGAGGUCCUCUCCUUCCGCAAGAACCACGACGCGAUCUGGUCAGAAAUCGGGAAAGGCUACUUGGACGGCUCCCUGGAGAAGAGCUCCAACAGGAAAGGACAUUAUGCGAAGGCUCUGUCAGAGAUGGAGUCCAUGCUGCUGUCGGUGGCGAAGGAGAGAAAAGCCCAGAGGAAGCAGACGGUGUUUGUGGACGCUCUGCUUCAGUCCAGCCUCACAGAACGACAGAUCAUGGAGGACUGUAUGGUUUUCACUUUGGCCGGAUGCGUCAUCACUGCCAACUUGUGUAUCUGGGCGCUUCGCUUCCUGUCCACCUCAGAGGAAGUUCAGGACAAACUAUACCAGGAGCUGGAUGAGGUUUUGGGUUCAGAUCCAGUUACCUUGGACAAGAUCCCUCAGCUCAGAUACUGCCAGCAGGUCCUCAAUGAGACGGUGAGGACUGCCAAGCUGACCCCCGUCGCGGCUCGGCUUCAGCAAGUGGAGGGCAAAGUCGAUCAACAUGUCAUUCCCAAAGAGACUUUGGUCAUCUACGCUUUGGGAGUGGUCCUGCAAGAUUCUGACACCUGGAGCACCCCAUACAGGUUUGAUCCAGAUCGAUUUGAGGAGGAAUCAGUCAGGAAGAGCUUCUGUCUGCUCGGAUUCUCUGGGAAUCAAACAUGCCCAGAGCUCAGGUUCGCCUACACUGUAGCUACUGUCCUGCUCAGCACUUUGGUGCGACAGCUGAAGCUUCACCAGUUGAAGGGACAGGUCAUGGAGGUCAGAUCUGAGCUGGUAUCCACACCUAAGGACGAAACCUGGAUCACAGUCAGCAGAAGAAGCUAGAACUAGUCUUUAGAAACCCCUGCAGGGAGAAGAGCUGAAGAGUCCUGUCUCUAAAAAAACAAUCGAUUUAACAUCUUGAUUAAAAGAAUUUCCAGAAAAGUAUUUCUUGAAUGUUGAGGAUCCAGUGACUCGCGUUAGAGAAACCCAUGACUCACGUUAACUCCUGUCUUUUUAAACAACAUUAUGGUAGUUGACACUUUUUGAAAUUAAACUCUUAAUUUGCAUGAUUCUUGAAGGCUUUUUUUUUCCUUCCCAUUGUUGUAUUUCUGGUGCUUUUUACUGUACAGUAAUCUGAGGCCUUAAACACAUUAUCACCUUGUCUGUUCACAAGGCAGAUUUGCACUUAUUGAAAGACCCCAUCUGUCAAAGGAGGGAAACUCAGUGGUUUAAUACUCUGCGAUGUAGAGAAAAACAACGUGCUGCCAAAGGUUUUUCUACAAUUCCUAGUACAACUGCCUUGAGUCAAAAUUCCCAAUGGCAUGUGGCUUGUUUGUCUAUUGAAAUGGCCCACAGGACAUUUAAACAUUUCAUUCCUUUUUUAAACACAGUUGCAUCUUACAUAUAUAAAAUAUGUAUGAGGAUUUUGUGUUUUUAUUUCAUUCUUUUAUAUUUUAAAUUGUGUAUCACUGCUUCCCUGACAAGCACGUUUCCUACAUCAAAUAAAGAAUUUUUAAUUUGUA